GGGGUCUCCGUUGUUCAACUGAAAAAUGGGAAUUAUGAGGACAGCACUCACCCUCCUGGUGAGGUGGUGAGGUCGGGCGGGUCCUAGUGAAGUGAGAGGGGCACCCCACCCACCCGACCCUUCCACCAGGUUGAGGCCCCGUUGCGGCGGGGCGGGGCGGAGGCAUCUUGCGGUCUUCCUAAGGGCGGGGACCCCGGCGCUGGACCGCUGCCUUCUGGCCUGGCCAUGCUGCCCUGGCGCAGGGCUCGGCGGCCUGGCACACCUGCGGCGCUAGGUGAGGAGGUGAGCCUGUUUCUCCUCUCGCGGACACACGGGCUCUCCGGCCGGCAGCUGCGCGAGGCAGGUCCAAGGCCCGCGGGCCGGGGUCGCCAGGGCUCAGCGCUGAGCGUGCAGCGGCUCCCCGGGCGGGCGGAGGCCUGGGGGCCCGGGAGCCCGCCCGCAGGUGGCGGCCAGCCCCGCGGCCAGGUGGGCGUGCCAGCCCCGCCCCGCGCCGCCGCGGACGCCCCGCCCUCCCGCGCGCCGGGUUGGAGCCGGAGCCGGUGCGGAGCGCAGCCGCGCGGAACCCGAGCCGCACGCGGGAGCGCGGCCCGCAGCUGAAGGCUCCAGGGAGCGCGUCACGACCGGACCCGAGAGCGACCGGCCCGAAGCGCGGCCUUGCCCGCCCCGGCCGCGGCAUGGACGGCGCCCGCUCGCCCUAGAUGGACGGUGAUGGCCGCCUAGACGCCCGCGGAGCGCCGAGGGAGGCCGGGCGCGGCUCGGAGCCCGCGGGCAUGGCGGAGCCGACGGCGGUGCCCAGGGCGAGGGCGGCGCGGCCCGGCCCGCAGCGCUUCCUGCGGCGCAGCGUGGUGGAGUCGGACCAGGAGGAGCCGCCGGGCCUGGAGGCCGCUGAGGCGCCCGGCGCGCAGCCCCCGCAGCCCUUGCAGCGCCGGGUGCUGCUGCUCUGCAAGACGCGCCGCCUCAUCGCCGAGCGCGCCCGCGGCCGCCCCGCCGCCCCCGCGCCCGCCGCGCCCGCCGCGCCGCCCUGCGCCCCCAGCGCCCCUGGCCCCGAGCCCGCGGGUGCGCAGGAUCCUGGCCUGGAUGCGGUGUCGGCGCCCGCCCCGGACCGGCCUCCAGAGGAAGCGGCAGAGGCGAGGAAGGAGGACGCGGGGGCGCCGGAGGCCAGGCCGGAGCCCGGGCCUGUCCGCCGGGAUGAGCCCGAGGAGGAGGAGGACGAUGAGGAUGACCUCAAGGCCGUGGCCACCUCCCUGGACGGCCGCUUCCUCAAGUUCGACAUCGAGCUGGGCCGCGGCUCCUUCAAGACGGUGUACAAGGGGCUGGACACGGAGACCUGGGUGGAGGUGGCCUGGUGCGAGCUGCAGGACCGGAAGCUCACCAAGCUCGAGCGGCAGCGGUUCAAGGAGGAGGCCGAGAUGCUCAAGGGCCUGCAGCACCCCAACAUCGUGCGCUUCUAUGACUUCUGGGAGUCCAGCGCCAAGGGGAAGCGGUGCAUCGUGCUGGUGACGGAGCUGAUGACCUCCGGGACGCUGAAGACGUACCUGAAGCGGUUCAAGGUGAUGAAGCCCAAGGUGCUGCGCAGCUGGUGCCGGCAGAUCCUGAAGGGGCUGCUGUUCCUGCACACCCGGACGCCCCCCAUCAUCCACCGGGACCUCAAGUGUGACAACAUCUUCAUCACCGGGCCCACCGGCUCCGUCAAGAUCGGCGACCUGGGCCUGGCCACCCUCAAGAGAGCGUCCUUUGCCAAGAGUGUGAUAGGCACCCCCGAGUUCAUGGCGCCCGAGAUGUAUGAGGAGCACUACGACGAGUCGGUGGACGUGUACGCCUUCGGCAUGUGCAUGCUGGAGAUGGCCACCUCGGAGUACCCCUACUCGGAGUGCCAGAACGCCGCGCAGAUCUACCGCAAGGUCACCUGUGGCAUCAAGCCGGCCAGCUUUGAGAAAGUGCACGAUCCUGAAAUCAAGGAGAUUAUUGGGGAGUGCAUCUGCAAAAACAAGGAGGAGAGGUACGAGAUCAAGGACCUGCUCAGCCACGCCUUCUUCGCGGAGGACACGGGCGUGAGGGUGGAGCUGGCUGAGGAGGACCACGGCCGGAAGUCCACCAUCGCCCUGAGGCUCUGGGUAGAGGACCCCAAGAAACUGAAGGGCAAGCCCAAGGACAAUGGGGCCAUAGAGUUUACCUUCGACCUGGAGAAGGAGACGCCGGACGAUGUGGCGCAGGAGAUGAUCGAGUCUGGGUUCUUCCACGAGAGCGACGUGAAGAUCGUGGCCAAGUCCAUCCGCGACCGCGUGGCGCUGAUCCAGUGGCGGCGGGAGAGGAUCUGGCCGGUGCUGCAGCCGCAGGAGCGGCAGGACCCGGGCAGCCCCGACACAGCCCGGGCUCCGCACGCGCCCCUGCAGGUCCAGGUGACCUACCACACGCCGGCGGGGCCGCCGGAGCCCGAGGAGCCCGAGGCGGACCAGCACCUCCUGCCCCCCGCGCUGCCGGCCAGUGCCACCUCCCUGGCCUCGGACAGCACCUUCGACAGUGGCCAGGGCUCCACCGUGUACUCGGACUCGCAGAGCAGCCAGCAGAGCGUGGUUCUGGGCUCACUGGCAGAUGCCGCCCCACUCACCGCCCAGAGCGUGUGCAGCGCCCCCGUGAGCGUGAGCGUGAGCGAGGGGCUCGUCCUGCCACACAGCCUUCCCUCGCUGGGGGCCUACCCGCAGCCCACCACGCCUGGCCUGCCGGCGGGCUCCAUCCCGCCCUCCACCCGCGCUUCGCUCCCACCCCAGCAUUUCCCGGAGCCAGCCGUGAGCUUUGCCCCUGUGCUGACCGGCCCAGGCCAGCCCAUGCCCUCGGGCCACCAGCCUCCGCUGGCCCAGCCAGCGCCCCUGCCACAGGUCCUGGCCCCGCCGCCCAUGCGCCCUCUCCAGCCGGUGCCCGCUCACCUGCCUCCGUACCUGGCUUCGACCUCCCAGGUGGCUGCGGCGCAGCCGACGCCCAUCCAGAUGCCACCGGUGCCUCUGCAGCCACUCACUCCAGUCCCCCCGCAGCAGCUGCACAGAAGUAUCUCAGGCAGAACCUGGUUGUGCCGGCGCUGUCCGGGGGGCCGAGCCUCCCGUGGGCCGCGCCCCGGGGCCGACGUGCUCCAUCUCUUUCAGAUGCCUCCACCUCCUGUCAUCCCGCCAGCUGCUCCCCUGGCCGCAGUCGACAGCCUCCCCUCGGCGCUCCCCGACCUGCCGGCUGCCAGUGGGCCUGCGGUGCCGCCUCCCUCUCAGUAUUUCUCUCCUGCCGUCAUCUUGCCAAGCCUCCCGCUCAGUGCUGCCGGCCCCCUGCCCGCAUCACCAGCCCUGCCUCUGCAGACGGUCAAGCUUCCCCACACCGCCGGGGCACCCCUGGCCAUGCCAUGCCAGACCAUUGUGCCAAAUGUGGCGGCCACCGCCACUGCCAUCCCUCUGCUGGCCGUGGCCCCGCAGGGCGUGGCCACCCUGUCCAUCCACCCCGCUGUGGCCCAGCUCCCGGCCCAGCCCGUGUACCAGGCAGCCUUCCCGCAGAUGGUGCCCAGUGACGUCCCGCCUUCUCCCCUCCACACGGCGCAGACUGUGCAGGCUGCCCCUCUGCAGCCGGCACCCCCCGUGCUGCCGCAGCCCCGCCUGCCCAGCGUCACCCACCUUCCUGAGCCGGCCGCUGUCCCCCCGGUGGGGAGCCAGAUCCUGCUUGGCCACCCGCCUCCGUAUGCUGUGGAUGUCACCACCCAGGCCCCCGCGGGGCCCACUCCUGCUGCCGUCCCCUCUCCGCCCGUGCCGGAAGGGCUGCCCCCCGCUGCCCCCGAGCACCUGCCGCAGCUCCCCAGCUCGCAGGCCCCCGUGCCGACGGCUGCGACUCUGAGCUUGCCUGUCCAGUCCGCUGCGCUGCCCCCCGCCAACCUGCCCCUGACCAGUGGGCCUGGGCUCGCCAGCCUCAGCUCGGCCGUCCAGCUGACUGUGGAGUUGGCUCCGGAGGAGCAGGCCUCCCAGGACACGCAGCCUGGCCUCCUGCAGAGCUGUGAGAGCUAUGGAGGGUCUGACGCCCCUUCUGGAAGGGAGCUGAGUGACAGCGGUGAUGGCACCUUCGGAGCGGGGAGGCUGGAAGGCAGGCCGGCCCGGAAACACCACCGCAGGUCCACACGCACGCGGUCCCGCCCGGAGAGGCUCAGCCGGCCCCGGCUGACCAUCCUGAAUGUGUGCAACACAGGUGACAAGAUGGUGGAGUGCCAGCUGGAGACGCACAACCACAAGAUGGUGACGUUCAAGUUCGACCUGGAUGGGGACGCACCCGAUGAGAUCGCCACCUACAUGGUGGAGCACGACUUCAUCCUGCAGGCCGAGCGGGAAACGUUCAUUGAGCAGAUGAAGGAUGUCAUGGACAAGGCAGAGGACAUGCUCAGUGAGGACACGGACGUGGACCGUGGCUCCGACCCGGGGGCAAGCCCACCACCCCUCAGCACCAGCAGCCUGGGUGCCGGAGAGGAGAAUCGCCAGUCCCAAGCCAACGCCCCAGUGUAUCAGCAGAACGUCCUGCACACUGGGAAGAGGUGGUUUAUCAUCUGUCCGGUGGCCGAACACCCGGCUGCAGAGGCCCCCGAAUCUUCGCCCCCACUUCCUCUGAGCUCCGUGCAGCCAGAAGCCAGCCCAGCUGAACAACCAGUCGCUAUGACAUGCGCUGACCACCAGGGGGCGUGCGCAGAACAUGGCGGGCAUCGGCCACGGCAGGAUGGUGGAGCAGACCCAGCUCCCUGCAAAGACCAGUUGUCCUUGAAGGAAAAGCCCAGCGCCCUGGCCGAUGUGCAGCCUCCGAAGCCACCAGGCUCCAGGGACACCACCGGGGGCACACCAACCCCUGCGGUGCCAUCCUCCCCUCCUGUGACUGCUGUGCCCCAGGACAUGGCCGCACCAACCGCCAGCCCCAGGCCAGAACCAGCGAGGGGAGCUGCCACGCAGGCAGGGGCCCCAGUGACCUCUCAGGGGAUGGCCAACGAGUGUGAUGCCCCCCAGCCGCCGGCAGAGACUCGUGAUGCCCAGCUGGCUGCUAGGCCCCUGGAUGUGGCCCCAGGGCCCUGCGCCUCCCCUCCAGAGGCCCCCCUUCACCCCCCAGGCCUCGGGGGGCCCACCUCAGCCAACGAGGCCAACACCCAGAUGGAUGCCCCGCCAGCUACGGCCCCUGUGCCCAGUGCCUCCAGCGAGACCCCUCAGCCUGCCCUGGGCCAGUCCCUGCCUCCUGUCCCUAACGCGGUGGGAGCUGCCAGCCUGGCUGCCCCCCAGCUCCCAAGCCCUCCUCUGGGGCCCAGCACCCUCCCCCAGCCACUGUCAGCCUUGGAGUCGGACGGGGAAGGGCCGCCUCCCAGGGUGGGCUUCGUGGACAGCACCAUCAAGAGCCUGGAUGAGAAGCUGCGGACCCUGCUCUACCAGGAGCACGUGCCCACCUCCUCAGCCUCGGCCGGGACCCCGGUGGACACGGGAGACCGAGACUUCACCCUGGAGCCCCCGAAAGGGGAUCCGCCCUGCACAGAGGCCUCCACGGGGGACCAGGCCCUGCCACCCCAGCUGGUGCUGGACCAGCCCGGACUGGCACCUGGGCCGGCAGCUGCACUGGAGCAGGCCAGACCCUCGCCAGGGACAGCAGCACCUGUGAGCAGCACACUGGGCCCCGAGGGAGGCCAGGCAGCCUCGGGCUCACCUGCAGCAACCAGGGCCCCUCAGGACGCCCCCGCGCCCACCGUCCCCGCACACCUGGAGCCCGCAGACCAGAGCGGCCGGGCCGGCCCCCUCCAGCCCGCUGGUGCCCUGACCUCAGGGUCCCCUCAGAAGCAGCCGGGGCAGCGGGACGGCAGCUCUCCCGCCAAAACCGUGGGCCGGUUCUCCGUGGUCAGCACCCAGGACGAGUGGACCCUGGCCUCCCCGCACAGCCUGCGGUACUCGGCCCCGCCUGACGUGUACCUGGAGGAGGCGCCCCGCAGCCCCGACGUGAAGCUGGCCCUGCGCCGGGCGCAGACGGCCUCCUCCCUCGAGGUCUGCCAGGAGCCCUUGUCCAGCGACUCUGGGGACGAGCGUGCCCCCGGGAGGCCCCCGGCGCUGCGGCCGGGCUCCCUGCCCCGCAGCAGCGGCAGCUCGGCCGGCGACUUCGUGAGGAAAGCCGCGGCCCUCCUGCACAGGCCGGCGGCCGGCGCCCCGGGCCCGGAGGCCCCCCGCAGGGCGGGCGUGAAGGUCCCCACCAUCAGUGUGACCUCCUUCCACUCGCAGUCGUCCUACAUAAGCAGUGACAACGACUCGGAGCCCGAGGACGCAGACGUCAGGAAGGAGCUGCAGAGCCUGCGAGAGAAGCACCUGCGGGAGAUCGCAGAGCUGCAGAGCCAGCAGAAGCGAGAGAUCGAAGCCCUGUACCGCCGCCUGGGCAGGACGCUGCCCCCCAACCUGGGGCUCUUGCACACGGCCCCCCCUGCCGGCCGCCGGAGGAAGACCAGCAGGAGCAAGCUGAAGGCUGGCAGGCUGCUGACUCCACUGGUGCAGCAGCUCAAGGUCGUGGCCUCCAGCACAGGUCACUUGUCAGACUGCAGCCGCGCCCCUCUUGCCCAGGACCCCGCCAGGGCCGGGGCAGGGCCCGCCGCAGCGGCAGACUCCUGUGGGAAGGCAGUGCAGACCCAGCAGCCUUGCUCCGUGCGGGCCUCCUUGUCUGCAGACAUCUGCUCCGGCUUAGCCAGUGACGGGGGCGGAGCGCACGGCCCAGGCUGGACGGUUUACCACCCAACGUCUGAGAGAGUGACCCAUAAGUCUAGUAGCAAACCUCGCGCUCGAUUCCUCAGUGGACCCGUGUCUGUGUCCAUCUGGUCUGCCUUGAAGCGUCUCUGUCUAGGCAAAGAGCACAGCAGUCGGUCCUCCACCAGCAGCCUGGCGCCAGGCCCCGAGCCGGGCCCUCCCGCUGCCCUGCACGCCCAAGCGCAGGUGAACAACAGCAACAACAAGAAGGGCACGUUCACGGAUGACCUGCACAGACUGGUGGACCAGUGGGCCAGCCAGACGGCGGGCGCUCCGCAGCUGAAGCCGUCUCUCAACCAGCUGAAGCAGACACAGAAGCUGCAUGACAUGGAGGCGACAGCUGGCUGGCCCCCGGCCUCCGGCGAGAUUCGGGCUAUGAACACACCUCGAGCAGCAGUGGGAACACCAUGUUUGGCCCUGGCGUCCGGCCCUCUACCCACCACGGUCAUUCCUGGAACUGCCCUGGCCCUGCCCGUGCCCAUGCCAGAUUCUGAGAGUGAGAAGCCCAGCUGAGCCCAGGCAGGCUGACCCGACCCCGACGCCAGGCCCAGGUCGUCUCAUGCAGAGAAGGCGAGUGCGCCUCGUGUCCGCUCACACUGUUUUGUAAUCACUUUCUAAGCAUUUUUUUUAUUCACAAUUGGAAACACAAAUGUAAUGCAAGAAUAAAGAAUAUUUUGGGGGAAAAAGGAC